CCCGGAAGCGCUCCCGCCGCCGCCUGCGGGAACAUGGCCGAGUCGCCGGAGGAGGUGGCGGUGCUCGUGCAGCGGGUCGUGAAGGACAUCCGCAACGCCUUCCAGCGGAACCCACACAUAGAUGAAAUUGGAUUAAUACCCUGCCCUGAAGCCAGAUAUAACCGGAGCCCUAUUGUCUUGGUAGAAAACAAGCUUGGUGUGGAGAGCUGGUGUGUGAAGUUUCUUUUGCCAUAUGUCCACAAUAAACUUCUCCUCUACAGACAAAGAAAACAGUGGCUGAACAAGGAUGAGCUGAUAGAUAUCACUUGUACCCUGCUACUGCUCAACCCUGACUUCACCACUGCUUGGAAUGUGAGGAAAGAAUUAAUACUGUCUGGCACUUUAAAUCCACUUAAAGAUUUGCAUCUUGGAAAACUGGCAUUAACCAAGUUCCCAAAGAGUCCAGAAACAUGGAUCCAUAGACGAUGGGUACUGCAGCAACUAAUUCAGGAAAACUCCUUGCCCAGUCUUGCAACUAAAGGAAACUUGGGAGCAGCACCUGUGGAGAGAAUUCACCGACUAGUGCAGGAGGAAAUGAAAGUCUGCGCUGAAGCUGCUGGGAGAUAUCCAAGCAACUACAAUGCCUGGUCCCAUCGCAUCUGGGUUUUACAGCAUUUGGCAAAGCUCACUGUCAAGGUUCUCCUCGAUGAACUUUCAUCCACUAAAUAUUGGGUAUCCAUGCAUGUCUCGGACCAUAGCGGAUUUCAUUACCGCCAGUUCUUACUCAAUUCCUUGAUACGCAGAACAGUGACUGACAAUAGCAUACUGGUACAAAAUCAAAUGGUAAAUGAACAAAACCCUAGCCCUCAGAAGGAGGAAGAGAUUGCAAGGACAGAAGCUGCCUGUGCAGAAGAGCAAAGCGUGGAUCUCCCCCAUUGUUUAGAUGAAGAAAUGGAACUCUGCAGUGAACUGAUUGAUAAUUACCCAGGGCAUGAAACCUUGUGGUGUCAUAGAAGGUGUAUAUUCUACCUUCAACAGCACUUAAGCAGCAAAUUUCCUCUUGUGAGUGCAAUGGCAUCAUCUGUGGACAGCAGUGAUGAAAGUCUGAGUAAUUCCCACCACAGUCCUGCAACAAGUCACAUGGGACAAGCUAUGGAUGUUGAUGGUUUGAAUGAAUCCAGCAGCAAACAAGGUUAUACCCAAGAAACAAAACGCCUGAAGCGUGCUCCUGUGCAGGACUCUCUUGUUCCAGAAAUGGAAUACCGGUUUGUUGAUAAAGUAUUAUCAACUUGUAGGGAUGUGGACCAAGCCAGGUUUGCUACUGCUUAUAGAAAAUGGUUAGUUACUUUUUUAGGUCAGUAAAGGAAGCGUUUAAAGCUUUCAGGGUUCUUCUCUUAGUGCAAUAUUCUCUUUUCAGACACAAAUGCAUGUCUUGAUUGCAAAUGUUAGCUAACUCCGUGUUUCUCUCUCUUUUGAUGGUCAGUCAUAAAGCUAAAUUUCAGAGUAGAAGUCUGUCACUUUAUUGAAGAACUGGCAUGUGUUUUUAUUAAGCAAGUGCAAUUUGUAACUUCAUCUCUCUAAGAAAUCAGCUUCCUACCAUGACAUUUUCUUUUUUUCUUAACUUCCACUGUUUUAAGGUGGAUGCUGAAUCAUUUGACUUAAAAAAAAAAAGAGGUAAAAGUAAAAAGUUUGAAAGGCUUGUGAAACAGUGUCUGAAAAAAGAAUGGGAGAAUCUCUCAGUAUUAGCUAAAGCUGUUCCCAGUUUGUUCCUGUGUAGCAUCAUGCUAAUACCUUAUUAAAUUGAGACUACAUCUUGGUGAGUCUUAUUUUUUUUGUAUAUGUAUAUGUAUAUGUAUAUGAGCUAUUAUUUUUGUAUAGCAGUCUUUAGUAGAACACCAGAAUACAGUAUUUCUUUCUGAAGGUGUCAGUAACAAUUUUGGAGCUGUCAUGCCAUUUACUGUUUUAACUGGGUUUCUGUUUGCUUAUUAAUUGUCAUGUUAGCUGGAUAGGAAGGUCUAUAAGAUUGAACUCUUGAUAAGCAGAUACAGGAAGAUGUGGCAGAAAAUAGUUCAAACACAUGUUCACCCUCAGUCAGAGCUGUAUUUGGCUGUAUUUGGAAAUUGUUUUCUUAAAACAGACUACCUUAAUUUCUUACUUAGUCUUUAUUUAUUUAUUUUAUCUCAACAAUCCAGAAUUAAUCACACUUGAUACACAUUUCUGAAUGUCUUAUUUACACUACAGAUUCUCAUCCUGCUAGAUCACACGUUGGUAACUUGUACUUAACCAAGACCCUACAAGCCCAGUGUUGGAUGGAGUAAAAGGUAGCUCUUCCAACUGAUCAUUGAGACUGUACAGUUAAAAAGAAAAAGUGACAGCAAGGAGGGAGCCGACUCUUCCAUUUUGUUCUUUUGAAGAGCUUCAGGUUUCAGUAUUUUGGGGUUUUUUUCCUUUUUUACUCUUAAGGAAGAGCUCUACUCCAACCAUACAUCUCCGUUUACAUAACUGUAAUUUUUAAGGGAAUUUGAAAUCAAAUAUGAAUAGUGUAUUUUGUCAUUUCCUUAAAACUUGUCUGUAAAAGGGACUUUUUACACUAGGAGAAUUGUGCUGGUCCACAGACCCAGGGGAAACAUUCUACUACUGUAGAAGUCUAUACCAGUGGCACCAUUGCCUCUUUUAAAAGCAGACUUCUGUGGGCGUGGAUUAGAUUUUCAAGUUAGUGUCCUUGCCAUAAUUUCUUUAUUUAUCUCCUGCCCCAAAUGCCUCUUGACUGUAAGUUUGAAGAUGCUGUUUCUGUUGGGCAGAGAGAGAAACAAUGAGGGAAGAAAAAACACAGGUAGCCUGCUCAAAAGGUGUCACUUUGAAUCAAAAAAGCACUCGAAAUGUGAAGUUCCUGCAAUUUGAAGUAGUUUGAUGAAUGAAGUUUACUCUUGCAUUUCAAAAUGAAAACAGAUGACCUCCAGUCUUUGAGAGUAUGUUCAUGAUUUAUUUCAGGCUCAAAGUUGCUAACAAUGACAUUUCUAAAUGUACACUAUUCUGUUUACCGUACAUAGAUAAGACUGAUCUAGGCUUGAGCAUCUUGAUGUCAAAGCCUUGUCUCAGAGAGCAUCCACACUUGCCUCUCUAUAGGUGUGGAUGUAUUACAUUGUUGUUAGCUUUGAGGUACUAUGGGAUGCUGUGGUGGUUUGGUUGAUGGUUUUAGUUGCAGAAGAACAGUUUUUGUCUGAAGGAGGUGUGAGAUUGGCUUGAGAGGAUAGUUUUGUCAUAAGAUGUUGCCUCAGUGAUCACUGACAAAUGGGUAUAUUCAAGCAGGAGUCUGAACUUAAGAACUUAACUUGAGCAAGAACUUUUACACAUCCCAGGGGACCUGAUGUUUGUUGAAUGUGGAUGAUACAGUAAAGUAUGUGUGGUAGGCUGGGUCAGCAUGAUUAACAGUAUCCCAUUAAUGACUCCUAUGAACCUGGCAAGCAUGAAGUCAAGGGGACAAUGUAUUAAAGAUCAGGUUCUUGGUCCUAGAUUAAUUAUUAAUGUAUUUGUGUGUUCUGUUUACCUUGGCAAAAAUUCCAUGUUUAUGAGAAAAAUAUUAGUGAUAGGAGCAAUCUCGAGAGUGGGAGCAUGAUAAGAAACUGUUCUGGAACUGUGGAAGAGAAGAGGUUCUCUCUUCUUGCACUGGAAUGACAGAGGCUUUCAGAAAAAAAUAUUAAUACUAGAAUCUGACUUGAAACUCAUUAUAUGGUUCUUCCAGACUAUAAUCUGGAAGAUUUGCUAGCAUUCUUAGAGCUGCACUGUGGAAGUUGUGUGCUUUUGAACCUGACAUCAUAAACAUUUAAGCAGGUGCCCUCAUAUACAUGUGCAGAGUUCCUACUCAUGUCAGCACAAGUAAUACACUCUUAUAGAAUGACAAGAUUUGGUCCAUGUAACUGAAUGGAGUUGCUGAAUAGAGUUUAAUACUUGGAAAAUGUUUUGAGAACUCUGGCUAGAGAUGGUGCUGAUAGUCUUACUACUUUUGCAAAACACCAAUGGCUAUAGUAUGGGUUUUUAAAGUAUGGAGUGUGGGUUUUUAAAGUCUGCACCUGAUAGAAAUAUUCCCCUGCACUUCAUUUUUUUAAAUCCAGUUAAGACUAGUUACAUUUAGAAAUGUUUGCAGACCUGAAAACUAAACAGGGAAAUUGAAACAAGUCAUAUCUUUCUCUUUGAAGGAAAUGCAAACAGUAAAUUGUUAAAUUCAGGCUUUAUUUUUUAACGGUAACAGUAUCAGUUAUAUGAAAAAGGAAAAUAAUAUCUAAAUUGCUUCAAACUGUCAAUGCCCUGAAGCCUUAUGCAUGAAAUGGUUGAAUAGAUACUUCUAACAUACUGCAUUAGGCUCAGAACUGAUGUGAAGUUCUGGAACUAUGAACUUUGCAGCAUACCUGUCUAACCACUUGGUGUUACUGCAGAGUACCAUUUGGGCACAGUGGCUUUAGACCAUUGGUAGUUAACAUAAUUAGUAUGGCUACUUUACAGAAGCCAUUUCAUCUCAUUUGUGUUUCAGAGAUCAGAGGCUAAAAGUUUAGUCAGUGAACAUUCUUGCAGAGAAAAUGUCCAGCAGAAGCUGCAGAAUACAAGUCUCUCACUCUCUGAAGUUUGUUCAAAUAUAGAAAUCAAACUUUGUAUACAAUCUGUAAACAUCUUCAUGUAAAGUUCAGCAUCUUUCCUAAUUUUGUCUUCUGCUGUAACGUGUGUCAUUUGAAUUGAUUCUUUUUGUUUACUAGAUUAGUCUUCGUAGAAACUUUUUUGUACUAGAAACAAAGGGUUUUGAGGAACAAAUGCUACAGAAUUUGGAAUAGAAGGAAUCAUGUUUAUACGUGGUAAAUUCUCAGCUGCUAAAUACAGUAACUGUUUUUUCACUAGCAUUUUGUUUGUCUUAUGUGUUACAGUCACUGGAGAAACAUGCAGCAUUAAAGAUAACUACAGUAACAAACUUGUAUGAAGUCAUUGGAACACAUUGUUGUAGCUGCUCUGAUUAAUAUUCUUAAUGUACUCAUGUCUGCAUAUUUGUGUUUUAUUGACUUACAUAUUCUGUAUACAACAAAAUUCAUGUGUCAUUUAAAUAGGGGAUAAAGGAACCUGUCAGUUUAUACUAUUUGAUUAAUUACCUUGUAUGUAAUUUGCUUUAAGACAAGUAAGCGAAGUGAUAAUGUAGUGAGAAAGCUUAGAUCUUUUUCCUAUAAUCAAAGUUUCUGGCUUUUCCAGUUUUGUUCUAGUGCUGCUUAAUUAGAAUUUGUAGCUAGACCUUAUGGAUGGGAGUGAUUUUUUUCCUAACUAAAUAAUAAAUUAAUUUUUAAAACAGUACUGUAUAAUAUUGGUGAACAGAAACCAAGGGGUUUGUGAAGGUUUGUCUGCAUAACCAGACUCAAAAAGCAUACUUUUUCAAAAACAUGUAAUACAUUGAGCAAAAUGUGAGUACCAGAGAAUAAUUUAAAUUGUGAGUUUUAGAGAUUUGAUAAUUAAAUUUUUGGACAAGUU